AAAAUGAAGAUUUGAUAUUAUUUUCUUCCUGUCAUUUAGUCCCCAAACCCAAAUGACUUUCUUUGUUUUGUGGAACAGAAAAAUAGAUGUGCUCUUAAUGAAACUGAACAAUUUGUGUUCUAAAGAAGUAAGAAAGUCAUAUUUGAAUUUAUUUAAAUAUGUUGGUGUACUUAUCUGCUUGUGAAGGUCCCCAAAAGGUAAGUUACAGCAGCUGCUGGCAAGGCUACAUAUUGUGUCAGGGUUUCGUUUGAAGAUGAAAAAUCUGGAAAUAAGCUUGAAAAUAAGCGACAAUGGCAAAUGUUUUUGAUUGAACUUGCUUUCGAGACAUCAUGGACUGUCACUGGCACGUUUGGGAUUUCAAGAUUUGCUGUCAUUCAUGGGGAUCCAUCUUGAAAGACAAGUUCGACUGGCUCUGAUUUUCGCUUGUCCACCUGUUUUCCCCCGGUUUUUUAAAAAACCCCACUAUAUACACUGCCAUGGAUGCACACUGCAGUGUUCAAACCCUUUUGUUGCCAUGCUAUCCAGUGCAUAAGUGUGCAGGACUUCUGUAUUUUAUUGGGUGAGCUUGGGGGAUGGGUAUGAUGUCAAAACAGAAGCUUGGGCAUAAUCUCUGUGGUUGUUUAUGGUGUCUUGAAAUGUAUUUCUCUUUUCAGUUCUGUAAAUUACUAUUAGAGAUGUAUCAUAUUGAGUGAAUUGGCCACUUGUCAGAACUAUUUUGAACUGGAGAUUUAAGUGAGACUGGCCAUCUUUUUUUUUGCAUUAAGCAGUUCUCUUCCCUUUCAUACAGCACAUUUUCUUUACUAAAAUGUUUUUAAAAUGUCUUAUUCUCUGUAUUUUGAAUUUUCAGUCAUGCAAAAAAGAUCUAUAAUUUGUGAAUGAAACUUCUAUGUAGUUCUGCCAAAUCGGUUGUAUUUCUUGCAUAUUCUUUGAUUAAAAUACUUUGAUAAGGGCAGACUUAUAGGUUUAUAAUUCUAAAAUACUUCGAUCUUUAUUGUAAUUAUUGCUAUUCCCUUUCAUAUGAAUCUGAAUAUGCAAGUUUUAGUAUUUUUAUUGAGAAUAUGUGUUUUGUAUACACCUUUUAAGACAUUUUAGGCUAUUUGGGGCAGGAGGUUCAUGGUGCAUUCUUGUAAUUGUCUACAUUUUUCUGCAGGGAGUUAAAAAGUUCCCCAUGUUUUGGUGCAUUGUUUUAUCUGAUGCUUCUGGCAUUUCCAUUUUUAAAUUGGAGUGAUGAAGUGAUAUGAUUUUAAAUUUGACAAUAAAUGGUGUUGGUUUAAUGAUAUCUUUAGCCUCUUGUCUUUGUUUUUGGCUGGAUUUGAUUCUUGUGUGUUGUUGACUGACUGAAGGAAAACAUUUCAUGUGAUUUGCUGUGACAGAUUGAGAACUGAUGAAGUCACAGCUCCUGUACAUUGGCUGCUCUUGUUGUUGUUGUUUCCUAGAAUUUCCUCUCUCUUCCCAACCAUCAGCUCCCUUUGCUGUCCCUCUCUCUCUCUCUCUCUCUUUCUCUCUCUGUCUUCCAAGUAUUUCUGUCUUGUUUGUUUGUUAUGGAUUGUGUGAUUCCUAUCAGGUUAGGAGCAGCCCGUGCUGUCGGCUCAGUAGCUUUUGUUAAAGACUGGCGAGCUUUUAAGCGCAAAAAAAAGAGAAGUGGGUGUGGUGUCAGUGAGUUUCGAGGAGGAUGAAGAAGGGAAUCUGUGUCUUAUAGCAUACCCUCUGCACAAUGAGCUUGGGGACUUGGAGAACGUGGACCCCUCGGCUGAUCUGGAACCCAAUAACAAAAUAACAUGGGUCUCCAAGAUGCUGCUGGACAAUGACAGCUACAGCAAAGAGAGGUCCAGACAUGCUCGAAAGGAUAAGGACAAGAGUGUGAAACGCGAGGAGGAGCUGGAAUGGCUCAAGCAGGCCGAGGUUUUCUACUACAGCCUGGAGAGGAGCAAUGCUGCCGGCCCUCAGCUAAAGCACAACCCCUGGAGCCUUAAGUGCCACCAACAGCACCUGCAGAGGAUGAAGGAGAACGCAAAGCACCGCAAUCAAUACAAAUUCAUCCUGCUGGAAAACCUGACAUGGAGCUACGCAGUUCCUUGUGUGCUUGAUCUGAAGAUGGGCACGAGGCAGCAUGGCGAUGACGCCUCUGAAGAGAAGAAGGCCAUGCAGAUCCGCAAGUGUCAGCAGAGCACAUCUGCCAGCAUUGGAGUCCGCCUCUGUGGCAUGCAGGUCUAUCAUCCUGCCACAGGUCAGCUAAUGUUCAUGAACAAGUACCACGGCCGUAAGCUGACCCUGUCUGGCUUCAAAGAGGCCAUCUUUCAGUUUUUCCACGACGGGAGACGCCUACGACGUGAACUCUUAUCUCCAGUUCUGCGAAGGCUGCGAGACAUGCAGGCUGCGCUGGAGGCCUGCGAAAGCUACCGUUUUUACUCUAGCUCACUCUUGAUAAUCUACGACGGAGACCCGCCACGAACACGCCAUUCUGCUGAGGAUGGGCUUUCGGAAGAGGAGGAGGAAGAAGAUGAUGACGAUGAUGAAGAGGAAGAGGAGGAGGAGGAAGAAGAGGGAGCUGCAUUUGGUUUUCCUCAUGGUGCAGGUGCAGCCAGUAGCAGCAGUGGCGCUUGCGGUGGUGGAAGCAGCACCAGUAGCUCUUCGGUGGUGCGACGGAUGGCCAGGUCAGACAGCGGGCCGGCCGUAGACGUACGCAUGAUUGACUUUGCCCACACCACAUGUAGGCACUACGGGGAGGACAGUGUAGUCCACGAGGGCCAGGAUAGCGGUUACAUCUUCGGACUGGAAAACCUCAUCACCAUAAUUUCCCAACUUGAGGACCACAGCACAGACUAAACCACCGCUUCGUUCAAACCAGCAUGGCAUUCAAAUGGGGAAAUGCUUUGUUCUCUUUCUCUUCCUUGUUUAUUCAAUCCAUUAUGACGUCCGGCUCAGUAAAAUCUCAGAGCUCCACCUGUUCAGUUGUGUUUGGUGUCUGUUUUUGUGUGCGUAGCGGAUUAAAAAAGGGUCGAGAGACUAACAUUGAGAUCGACAACUUCCUCAGUGUUUAAUAGCUUCACUCACUUCCCUUAUGUACUGUUACAACAUUGACGCCAUUGCCCUUUUUGUUCUAUUUAUUGAAGGUUAAUGGUUAUUUACUGAUUACAAAAAGGACCUGAUUUUGUUCCAGUGCUCACUCUGUGAGAAGGUUCCGGAACUUAUUAGCUUCCGAGCGCUCCUUGUUGGAUGAAGGAACGGUAGGUUGUGAAAUGGAAGACUGUUAAGUGUUACUCUACAGCACUGUCCCCUUGCACCUUUACCCAUCGUGAAGAGACAACUAUAUUCAGAUUGUUAGUUGACAUAAAGAGACUAUAGUAAAGCUUUAUUUAUUUGUCAUAUUUCCUAAAUAAACUAAAAAGAAAAAACAUUGAAAAGGCGAAUGGAGAUUCAAAACUACAUUCCAUGUUAUUAAUGUUACAAUAAUGAUAUUAAUGAAUAUUAUUAUUUGACAUGUUCAGAUACCUCUAUCUGUUGUACACGGUAUGUUGGAGGAAUAAUAAAACAUGUUUGUGUUAAAAGCU